AUGUCAGAAAAGGAAAUCUUAUGUUACAAGUGCAAAAAGCCAGGUCACAAGGCUGCCGGAUGCACUGAUGAAGCCGUUUGCAACUUCUGCAAGCAACCAGGACACUUUUUCAGAGAGUGCCCGGAAAAGCCAGAAGGAACUGUUGCUCAACCAAGCUCCGGUCCAAAGGAAGUCCGUUGUUACUCUUGCCAACAACCAGGUCACGUCAGCAAGAACUGCAGCCGUGCCAAGCGUUGUUUCAACUGUGGUGGUGUCGGUCACAUUUCAUCCACCUGUCCAUCUGAAGUCACUGGUUCCAAAUUCGACUCUAGAAAAUGUUUCCACUGCGGAAAGUUUGGUCAUAUCUCCAAGGCUUGUCCAAUGCCAGGUACCAACAAUGGUGAAUCCAACUAA